CUCCAGAAUGUCUGCAUCCUUAAAAUGUGCAAUCGAAUUGGGCAUCCCGGAUUUGAUUCACAAACAUGGCAACCCCAUGAAUCUUCCCGAGUUGACCUCUGCCCUCCCAAUCAGCCCUUCCAAAUCUCAACACAUUCAUCGGUUAAUCCAAUUUUUAGUAACUGGUGGCUUCUUUGUUGAGCCAAUGGAAGGGUACUAUUCACUUACUCAAGCAGGCAAACUUUUUCUCAGCCAUGAGCCUUUCAAUCUGAGACCACAUGUUUAUCUAGCAGUUGACCCUGUUACAUUUAAGUCAUGGAAUUUCUUGACGGAUUGGUUCAAAACUGAUGAUCAAGAAUCGCCUUUCGAGGCGGCUCAUGGCAAAAGCUUCUGGGAUUAUAUUGAUCAAGAACCUCAGUUUUGCAAAUAUUUUUACGAAGUAAUGUCUAGAGACUCAAGUUUGAUGGUAAGGGCUCUGCUUCAUGACUACAAAUUCAUGUUCGAGGGACUAACAUCUUUGGUGGAUGUUGGUGGCGGCAUAGGCACAGUCGCGAGGGAACUUUCGGCAACUUUUCCCAGCUUAGAAUGCGUCGUAUUCGAUCUCCCGCACGUUGUUUCCAAUCAGAAGGGAACUAAAAAUCUGAGCUUUCUUGCUGGAAGUAUGUUUGAGACUAUACCCUCCGCCAAUGCAGUCUUACUCAAGUGGAUUCUUCAUGACUGGAGUGAUGAGAACUGUGUGAAAAUCCUCAAGAAUUGCAAAAGGGCUAUUCCAGCGAAGGAAGAAGGUGGAAAGGUGUUUAUCAUCGAAGAUGUAGUAGGGUGCCAAAAAGAAGCCGCUAAUUCAUCUCUAAAAGACAUGACCAUGAUGGUUUUAUUCAAUGGCAAAGAAAGGACUCCGAAAGAAUGGACAACCCUAUUCUCAGAUGCAGGUUUCAAUGAAUCUAGAACUUUUCCUGUACUCGGAACCAAGUGCAUCAUAGAACUUUAUCCUUAG